AGUUCAGUGGCUCGUUGCGCAUCUAUGCGUCCUGGCGAGGGAGUGAAACUCCGCUCGGGAGCUUGGCCGUGUGUUGACAGACUCGCGGAGGGGCAGGAGCGGCGGCAGCAGGAAUUAGGAAUGGUUUCCUACAGCUGAAGUUGGAUAUUAAGACCUUUCGUUAUUCCUAAGCGAUUACUGGACCACCGCGAUGAACCUUUUACCUUCCAACCCCCAUGGAAACGGCCUUCUUUACGCCGGAUUUAACCAGGACCACGGUUGCUUUGCGUGUGGAAUGGAAAAUGGAUUCCGAGUAUAUAACACUGAUCCCCUGAAAGAGAAAGAAAAGCAAGAAUUUCUUGAAGGUGGGGUUGGUCAUGUGGAGAUGCUCUUCCGAUGCAACUACUUAGCCCUUGUGGGAGGAGGAAAGAAACCCAAGUACCCACCAAACAAAGUUAUGAUUUGGGAUGACCUAAAGAAGAAGACGGUCAUAGAAAUCGAGUUCUCCACAGAAGUCAAAGCGGUGAAACUCCGGAGAGACAGGAUUGUGGUGGUUCUAGAUUCUAUGAUCAAGGUGUUCACCUUCACUCACAACCCCCACCAGCUACAUGUGUUUGAAACCUGCUACAACCCCAAAGGCCUUUGUGUUCUAUGCCCCAACAGUAACAACUCCCUGCUGGCCUUCCCGGGCACUCACUCUGGCCAUGUGCAGAUUGUGGAUUUGGCGAACACGGAGAAGCCCCCUGUGGACAUUCCGGCCCACGAGGGAGCCCUGUGCUGCAUUGCGCUCAAUCUGCAGGGCACACGGAUAGCCACCGCUUCUGAAAAAGGGACUCUGAUAAGGAUAUUUGACACCUCUGCAGGCCACUUGAUUCAGGAACUAAGACGGGGCUCCCAAGCAGCUAACAUUUAUUGUAUAAAUUUCAACCAGGAUGCGUCUCUCAUCUGCGUCUCCAGUGACCACGGCACUGUACACAUAUUCGCAGCAGAGGAUCCUAAAAGGAACAAACAGUCUAGUUUGGCUUCAGCAAGCUUCCUUCCAAAAUACUUCAGUUCCAAAUGGAGCUUCUCCAAGUUCCAGGUCCCCUCUGGCUCCCCCUGUGUCUGUGCCUUUGGAACGGAGCCCAACGCAGUCAUAGCCAUAUGUGCUGAUGGCAGCUAUUACAAGUUCCUGUUUAACCAAAAAGGGGAGUGUUCCAGGGAUGUUUAUGCACAGUUUCUGGAAAUGACAGAUGAGAAAAUCUGACCCACUAGGAACCGAGUGAAGGUUUAUCAUUUUUUCCCCCCUUUGGUCUUUUCAUUCCCUCCUGCUGAAGACAGACACAAAUGGCACAUCACAAAUUGAGUGUCUGAGCUGGGAGAGGUACUGUCAGAGCACAGCGGUCACACAGGACAAGUCGAGGAGAGCCUCAUAAACUUGAACAUCUGACCUAUGGAAUUUUAUUUCCUUUGUUGGGAUUUACAAAAUAGUCUUAUCUUGACAGGAGAGCCCGAACAGUGGCGGAAGAGACUGAAUUGAGCGUCGUUUAAGAGAACCAUGAGAUUCUUUUUUUCCUGAAAGGACAGUUUUUUUUGUUUUGUUUAACACAUAACAUUUCAGUUUGUUCUACACUAGACAUGUAUCUUGAGGAAGCCCUCUUGUGGUGAUCACACUAAAGAAUGUAAUACUGUGGUAUUCAUUAUAAUAUUUUUUUAUUUUAAAGAAGAAAGCUGAUUCUCCUGUUUUGCUGAGUAACACCACCUAACCAGGUAUAGGGAGUGCCUCUGCUGAUAUACAAAGUAAAUUUCACUUAUAUAAAUAUACAUACAUUUAAAUACCUAUUAGCACUAGAUUUGAUUUUACUCAAUGUAUAAAGCCAAUAUUCCAUAUUGAAUCUAUGUACUUGUAGGAAUUAUUCAUAUACAAGAGCAGAGUUUCCUUGCCCCUCCUGUCCAUAUUCUUUCGUAUGUGCAAUGCUCUUUCCUUUUCUCCAUCAGUGUUACAGCCAGCUCCAACCAUUAAUAUGUAAGUCUUCCCAUUGCUAUGACUAUUAAGAGCAUGGUGUCAGUACUAUAAAUUACCCUUAAGUUUCUCUGCUAUUUAACGGUGGCACCCGAUGGGUAAGGAAUGAGGAGACAAACGAUCACCAUCAUUCAUUUUCCCCAUGCAUAUCUGGCAGAAAACGUCGACUUCAUAGCUUACCAUAACGAGAUCAUACUUUGUGGAGGUUGUGUAAUAAUAUCUGCAAAAGAGGACUUUCAUUUGUAUUGCAUGUUGUGUCCAGAUUAUUUGUGAUUCUUUUGGGUGAUUUUUUUUUUUUUUUUUUUUUUGAUAAAGCAGGCUAACCCCAGUGGUUUCCUUUUCACUUAUUACAUUAUUUAAAAGCAACAAAUUAGACACUGAUUGGUUUUGAAGAAUUUUACUUUUUUUUUUUUUUUUUUUAAAUCUCCUGACUCAACAACUUGACUUAUUGCUCUUCGUCAAACCGGGAAGUUCCUGUCACAUGACCCAGGCAAAGUCACAUAAAAGGAAAUGUUUUAUGUGACAUAAAAGGAAAAAACCUUUGGCGCUUCAGUAACAGUCUAGUACUUGCUCACCUAUUAUAUGCCAGUUGUUAAAAUAUGGAAUUUUAUUUCCUUUGUUGAGAUUUAAAAAAAAAAAAAAAGUUAUCUUGACAAGUGAUACUGAGCAGUGGUGGAAGAGACUGAAUCAAGCAUCAUAUACACUUUUCCAUGAAUUUAACAGAAUCUCAGGUGUUUGAGCAUGGAAGUUCCUCCACCAUGGGAUUCAUUGUGUUCAUUGCAUGUUUUAUAUCACUGUUGUCCAGGCCUACAGGUUGAUCAUUGUCAUUUCAGACUGACAGUUCAGAAUGUAAAUGUAUGCUCAGAUUCCAGCCUGGACUAAAUGUAAUGGGAUAGAACCUCUGCACGACUAAUGGAGAGGAUAACGUCAGGUGGAGUCGUGUCCUAUUUAGACGGCAAAAUGUCAUGCUUUAUUAUUUUAGUUCUUAAACUUGACAAUUACUUAUGAAUGGCUCAGUCUACAAGAUUUCAAUCACAAAUCACUUAUUUCCAAGCAUCUAAGCCUACAUUGGGGUUAGCUGCUCUCUCCUUGACCAUGAAGCCUAUUUCAUAUUAUCAUUCACUGAAUUUUUAUGUUUAGUAACAGCAAUAACUUUGCAGCAGGAACUGUCUGAAUCACUCAAAUACUCUUAAACAUUAAUGCACUGUUGUAUGAGUUGAAUGUUUCUUGCUGGGGAGGAGGGGGGGGGGGGAAUGUAAGAACCCAUCUACAGCUGAAGACUGGGCCUUUUCCACCAGUCUCCACCAAGAGGUUUUCAGCGCUUUAAUUAUAAUGGCAAUCAUCCAUCCACAAUAGUUUAAAUUGGCUGCAGACUCCACUGGCUGCUGCCUAAGCAUUUCCUCGUUAGACAGCUGAAUGUCAUUGCUGCAACCCCUCUUCUGGGAAAGAAAGCUCAGCUGGAAGAGUCUCAUACAAAAAAAGUCAUAGUACAUAGCCCUAGUCAGUGUCGGUCUUUUGGAAGUGGAGAAUACCAAAUCACGGGUGAGAAUUGGGAAAAAUGUUAUAGCUCAGUUAUAUAUAAAUGUUUACAAGUGACCUAUCAAGGAAAUGUAACGUUAGUGGCUGAACCUAUGGUCAUACAGAAGGUUUGGAAACAUACCUGUAUGCAUCUUUACAUUUUUGCGGUCUUUCAUGUUCAGGCAAAGGUAUUUGGUAUGUUCGUUAUAAUGAAAUAUUAAUCUAAUCAAUCAGACUGAUGGGUGAAAUUCCUAUAGCGAUUCGGCCUUAAGGUCAAAAGCAAAACAGCUACCAGUUUUACAAUGUUUCCUGAAAAUUUAAUACAUCUGAAUUGCAAGAAGCAUCUUUGGGGUUGAUUUUCAUAGGAGUGUGGUGACCCACAUCCAAUGACGGACUGCAGCCUUCUUCGAUUCCUCUGGUUUUCAAAAUGACAGGCUACCUGUAUUGGCUGCUGUGGGGGAAGCAACUGACAGGGGAAACAGAAGCAGUAAGACCCUGUCAUCAUCUAACAUGGUUGUCAUGAUAGCGCAUGUCUUCCAUUCAUUUUAAAUUUGUACAUUGGAUAAGUAUCCAGGAAGUUUUAAAUUCAUGUAACUUCAGCAAUCAUAACCCUUAUCACACCAUGAAUGGCAAAAAAUAAAUAAAAAUGCACAUU